UCUCCAUCCAGAUCUCACCUCAAAAAUUCUCUCAAACUUACAAUGACCGCCACCGACGCUCUGAAGGGCGAGAUCAUGGCAAAGCUCGCCCAAGAUCCCCUCAGCAUCACGACUGAAGAUGCCCGCCGCUUUAGCGAGACCUAUGUAGCAAAGGACGAUAGUUCGGCCAAGAUCAUCUCCGCCGUUGGGACCGUUGCUGUGGCCGCUCAAGAUAUCCACGAACAAGUCCCAACCAUGGGUCAAGAGCCGAAAACUUCGCUCCUCACCAUCGUGAACGACCUCAAGGCGGCUGUGGAAAACAACCCCGACGAUGUAAACAACGAAAUUCUCAAGAUUACCCAGAGUAUCGUAAGCAAGAUGCAACGCGCGGUCGGUCAAGUCAAGGCUCCUCACCCGGAGCUAGAAGGCGAACUUCAAGCAGAGUACGCCAAGAUUGAACCAAAAGUCGAGCAAGGCACCGUCACAAAGGCAGAGGCUGAUCACCUCCAUUCUCUUGAAGCUCGCGCUCAUGGUCACACAGAGAAAGGUGGCUUGACGGCCGCUGCCCAGUCUGUGUCUGCCCGGCGCAAUGGCAACAGCAACGGCGUCAAGUUCACAGAGAAAACCGGAUUGACGGCCACUGCGCAAGCCUUAGCUGCCGAUGAUGAUCAGGUGCAAGCCAAGUUCAUCAAGCUUGGUUUUGACGACAAGUGUUGA